CAAUUUUCCUUCCACCUUUCUUUUCAACGUGAACAAUUGUGACGAAAUGUGCUGAUGAAAUUGUUUCAUUCUUUUCGGUAUAAUUCAAGUAAUUGUUCAUACGCAAGGUGGUCGAAUUUGUGGUGAUUUAGUGCUGGAGUAAGCGUUCAACUGGACUGCGGUGUCAAAUUGAAUCGAUUGAAAUGGACACUGUGAGUAUGAGUGAUUUGCAUCGGCUGCCGGAGACUAUCAAUUUCCCGGCAGAAGAGGAAAAAGUUUUACGCUACUGGCGGGAUGAAAAGGUUUUUGAAACGUGCUUAAAACAAUCCCAGGGAAAACCACGAUAUACGUUUUACGAUGGACCCCCUUUUGCCACCGGCUUGCCCCACUAUGGGCAUAUUCUGGCGGGUACGGUUAAAGACAUUGUGACUCGGUACGCCCACCAGCAGGGAUACCAUGUGGAACGACGGUUUGGCUGGGAUUGUCACGGUCUGCCGGUGGAGUACGAAAUCGAUAAGGCGCUGAAUAUCCGCGGGCCGGACGAUGUGGCUAAAAUGGGAAUUAAGGCGUACAACACCGAGUGCCGCAAGAUUGUCAUGCGGUACGCUAAGGAAUGGGAAGAGAUUGUCGGUCGAAUGGGUCGCUGGAUUGACUUUAAGCAUGACUACAAGACACUGUAUCCGUGGUACAUGGAGUCUAUUUGGUGGGUGUUUAAGCAGCUUUAUGUAAAAGGAAUGGUCUACCAGGGGGUAAAGGUGAUGCCUUACUCGACGGCUUGCACAACUGCGUUGUCUAAUUUCGAGUCUGGACAGAACUACAAGGAGGUUACGGAUCCGGCCGUGUUUGUUACGUUUCCGAUAGUGGGUGAUAAAGAUGGGGCUGCCCUUGUUGGUUGGACAACGACACCCUGGACUUUGCCUUCUAAUAUGUCCUGCUGCGUUAAUCCAGAUUUGAUCUACGCUAGAGUGAAAGAUGUUAAGACUGGUAAAAUAUACGUGCUGAUGGAGUGUCGAGUCGAAACUCUUUUUAAAGGACCGGAAUGUUAUGAGGUGCUGGAACGUUUUCCAGGAAACAAACUGGUUGGUUUGAAGUACGAACCGUUGUUCGAUUAUUUCCGGAAAUAUGAAACAGUUGCGUUCCGAGUGCUGGUGGAUGGCUAUGUUACGGAAGAUUCUGGUACUGGCGUGGUUCAUCAGGCGCCUUACUUUGGUGAAGAUGAUUUCCGAGUAUGUCUGGCUAAUGGAGUCAUUACGCGGGAUCAGGAAAUUGUUUGCCCGGUAGAUCCAAGCGGUAGAUUUGUGGAUCCUGUUAAGGAUUUUGAAGGACAGUACGUUAAGGAUGCGGAUAAGAAUAUCAUCAAAAUGUUGAAAGAGAAAGGUCGGCUGCUUUUGGCUACACAAACAAAGCACAAUUAUCCGUUCUGUUGGCGAUCAGAUACACCUUUAAUUUAUAAGGCCGUCCCGUCUUGGUUUGUUCGGGUGGAACACAUGACAAAGCAGUUGGUCAGUUGCAGUUCUCAGACAUAUUGGGUACCGGAGUACGUCAAGGAAAAACGUUUUGGAAACUGGCUGCGUGAUGCCCGGGAUUGGGCUAUCAGCAGAAAUCGCUAUUGGGGAACUCCCAUUCCUUUGUGGAUGUCUCCCGAUGGGAAAGAAAUUGUUUGCAUUGGCAGUAUCGAAGAACUGGAGAAAUAUUCCGGAGUGAAGGUGGACGAUUUGCACCGGGAGACUAUUGAUCCCAUUGAGAUUCCAUCCGCCGUUCCGGGGAAUCCACCGCUCAGACGUAUUCCAGAGGUAUUUGAUUGCUGGUUUGAGUCCGGAUCUAUGCCUUUCGCCCAGAACCAUUAUCCGUUCGAGAAUGCUUCUGAUUUCUUAACCAACAACUUUCCGGCCGAUUUCAUCGCCGAAGGAAUCGAUCAGACUCGGGGCUGGUUUUACACUCUUUUGGUCAUUUCGACGGCGUUGUUUAAUAAACCACCGUUCAAGAAUUUAAACUGUACCGGACUCGUGCUGGCUGCCGAUGGGCAGAAGAUGAGCAAACGCAAGAAGAAUUAUCCGGAUCCGAUGGAGGUAGUGAAUAAGUACGGGGCGGAUGCACUUCGGCUGUAUUUGAUCAACUCACCGGUCGUUCGCGCUGAAAAUCUCAGAUUCAAAGAGGAGGGUGUUAAAGACAUCAUCAAGGAUGUGUUCUUACCGUGGUUCAACGCAUUCCGCUUCCUGCUGCAGAACAUCGACCGGUUCGAGAAGGAGGAGAAGCAGGUUUAUCGCUACGAUGCGAUGCGUCAUGCCGAAAAGCGUUCCAACAAUGUGAUGGACGUUUGGAUUAUUUCGUUCAAAGAAUCAUUGCUUCAAUUUUUCGCCAAGGAAAUGAAAGCCUAUCAUCUGUAUACUGUUGUUCCUCGGUUGACCAAAUUUAUCGAUCAGCUAACCAAUUGGUAUGUACGCAUGAACCGGAAACGCAUCAAGGGGGAGUUCGGGGCCGAGGAUUGCUAUCACGCGUUGGAUACGCUGUACGAUGUUUUGCUAGCGAUGGUAAAGAUGAUGGCUCCGUUCACUCCCUAUUUGACUGAAUUCAUGUUUCAACGGCUACGAUUGUUGAAUAAGGAUCCCGUCGAAGGAAGCGUGCAUUACCAGAUGAUGCCUACCGCCGUAAAUAAAUACAUAAACUUACCGAUCGAGAGAGCAGUGUCUCGGAUGCAAGCGGUUGUUGAACUGGGAAGAAUUAUGCGCGAUCGAAGAACCGUUCCGAUCAAGUACCCUCUGACGGAGGUUAUCAUUAUUCACCAAACAGCGGAGUACUUAGAUGAUGUAAAGUCCUUGGAAUAUUUCAUUCUGGAUGAGUUGAACGUGCGAAAGAUUACAUACAGUUCGGAUAAACAGAAAUAUGGUGUGAAGCUAAGAGCUGAGCCUGACCAUAAAUCGUUAGGAAUUCGGCUAAAGAAUGAUUUUAAGCAGGUUCUGCUCGCAAUUAAGGCACUAACGGAUGAACAGAUCAGCGAACAGCUUAAGGUUGGCUAUUUUACCGUGCUUGGACAUCGCAUUGAAUUGGAAGAACUUAGAUUGAUGUAUCAGUUUGAUGAAUCGCAAGCUGGAGGUCAUAACUACGAAGCGCACAGCGAUAACGAUGUUUUGGUUUUAUUGGAUAUGACUCCCAAUGAAGAACUCAUGAAGGAAGGAGUCGCUCGGGAAAUCAUCAAUCGCAUUCAAAAAUUAAAGAAAAAAGCCAAACUUAUUCCGACCGAUCCGGUUUUGAUCUACUACACUGUCAGUAAAGAAGGCGAGAUAAAGAGCGUUGCUGAAAGCCAUCAAGAAUAUAUUGUGAAUACUGUUAAAUCUCCGUUUGUGCCGUACGGACCGGAAGCCAGCUCGAAAGAAGUUUUAAUAGAAGAAUGUCAAGGACUCAAAGGAGUUCAGCUAAAUAUAGUAAUCUGUUCACCUAAGGAACGUCCGGUACCAGUCAGUCCUUGGGUAAAUCUAGUACUGGAUGAAAACAUAGUGCCACGGUAUCAACAAAAACUGUCCAGAUCGGCUACGGUUCUGCUGGUGGAUGCUAAGGGCAACCAACUAACCUUCGACCAGUUAAACGCCGAAAUUCAUUGCUUAUUUGGAUUGAAUGACCAGUCCUACAAUAUACUGACAUCGGAGGGACAAACGCUGACUUCGGUGGAUAACAAAUUGAACCAGCAGACGUUAUAUAUUACUCGCGGCUCGGCUAUACCUCAGGGCUGGAAACCGGCAAAGGUACCGUGCUGUGCAUUUCGAAACGUGGACUACAAGGACAAGCAAACAACGGUGCUUGAGGAAAACCCCGCUGGAGUGAAACUAAACACCGAACAGGUGUUGAAGGAAGUAUUUACUAAUUGAAUAUCGACGCGAGCGGACUUGCAGGUCAAUGGACGAUCUUUUUUUUUGCUAGAUUUAAGUCGUUAUGAAUCAAAAUAGCACACAUUUAAUUACAUCCCUAUCUUUCCUAAGCAUUA